CGGGAGCCGAGCCGACGGGGAAAGUGAGCCCUAGGAAAGGCGUUCCGGCCACCCUCCUCCUUCGAUAUCCUCCGAUCCGAGUGCCUCCUCGCAGUCGAUUUCCACAUUCUCGACGAGAAAGACUAGGAACAUACAUGGAGACCAUAAUGCUGGGCCAUUUGGGAAGAGUUCAUGAAAGAACCACAAGAGCUGCUACUUCAGGGAAGGAAGCUAUGCUACGAACAGGGCACAAGGAAACAGAAAGUCAUGAUAACAAUAACCAGAAGGUUUAUCCUCAACCAAUAGAUGAGACUGUGAAUCAUAACAAGGAAUCCAUGGAUGCACUGAUAUUAAAGAUCUUCAACAACAUUUCCUCUCUGAAAGCUGCAUACAUUCAACUUCAGAAUGCUCAUACUCCCUAUGAUCCGGACAAGAUACAGGCUGCUGAUAAACUUGUAAUUGAGGAACUAAUGAAGCUUUCCGAACUCAAACAUUCCUAUAGGGAUAAAAACCCCAAACUCACAUCAGCAUCACCUAAAGAUUCACGCCUACUUGCUGAAAUCCAAGAGCAACAAAACUUACUCAAAACCUAUGAAGUCAUGGUAAAGAAAUUUCAGUCCCAGAUUCAAACAAGAGACUCUGAGAUUGUUCAAAUGCAGAAACAAAUCCAGGAGUCCGGCCAGAGAAAGAUGAAAUUGGAGAAGAAACUUAAGCAGAGGGGUCUGCUUCCCAAGGAAUCAGAGGCUUUUGAAGAAGAAAACAGUUUCUUCUCCAUCGAGUUGACUCCGAGUCUUUUCUCUUCUGCUGUGGACACAGCAUACAAAUCCAUCCAUGACUUCUCAAAACCACUGAUUAACAUGAUGAAAAUGGCCAGGUGGGAUCUUGAUGCAGCAGCCAACGCAAUUGAAUCUGCAGUUGUCUAUGCAAAAAGGGCUCAUAAGAAGUAUGCAUUUGAGUCACACAUUUGUCAGAAAAUGUUCAGUGGGUUCCAGGAGAACUUCUCCAUGGAACCAUCCAAUCUUACUGCUUCUCAUGAGGGUUUCUUCCAUCAGUUUCUUGCUAUAAGAGCUAUGGAUCCACUGGAUGUAUUGAGCCAAAAUCCGGACUCGGUUUUUGGGAAGUUCUCACGGAAAAAGUACCUAUUAGUCGUGCACCCAAAGAUGGAAGCCUCGUUCUUCGGUAACCUGGAUCAGAGAAACUAUGUAAUGAGUGGUGGACACCCAAGGACACCAUUCUACCAGGCUUUUCUAAAGCUGGCUAAAUCGGUAUGGCUAUUACAUAGGCUAGCGUAUUCAUUUGAUCCUAAAGUGGAGGUUUUUCAGGUGAAGAAAGGAAUCGAGUUCUCGGAGGUCUAUAUGGAAAGUGUUGUGAAGAACAUAAUUCUCGAAGAGGGAGAUUCAAAGCCUAAAGUUGGGCUUAUGGUCAUGCCAGGUUUUAUGAUUGGAGGCAGUGUUAUACAAUCUCUAGUGUAUCUUUCGGGUGUGAGAUGUUCUGAAUAAGUACUGAGCUUUGAACUUUUUUAUUGUUCUAAAGCGAAGUAUCGUGCACCUCACCUGUUUAGAUCUCUUGGGGUUUGAUGGAUCUAGGUUUUGCUUCAAACUAUAUGCUCAAGCGUCGAAGAAAUUAAGACUCAUUCUAUGCCUUGUGCUGUUAGGCGAGUCUUGGAAACUUUAUUGUUUGUAUUCAUGGAGUAACUUCCAUUAGUACUGUCUUUCAAGGUUGCAAGUGUAGAUAGAGGAGCUUAACUGAAGUGUCUUUAAUAUGUGUAAUAUAUAUAUUGGGCCUAUGAAUAUUGCUUAGAAGUCUUGUAACUUU